CUGUGGCUCAAUCUUUGAAGACUAAAAUAAAAAUUUCGGGUAACGCAUUCGGCUUUCCUCUUCCAACUGGUAACAUCGUCCAUGUGGAUGUUUAUCUUGUACAUUUUUCCAGUUCAUCAAUCGAGCUCGAGCUCCUGCCCCAUUUAGUGCAGAUUUACACACGGACGGCUCUGAUCUAAUCUCCCAAGUGGUCCACAAAAAAGAAAACGUCAAAAAUGUCUUCCUCCUUCCCUUCUCUCCCCCACAACAAAACGAGUUUUCUGGACGCCCUUGGUGAGGCUUCCGCGCAGAUCAGCGAGGCUAUGCUCGGACUCCGCACCAAACAGUCGUCCGUGCUCGCCGCUUGUCCGUGCGGACACCGGCUUGCCGGGCCGGAAGCGUUGCUGCAACAGGGGAAGGAGUACUCGGAUAAAGCCUCCUACUACGCCGCCCGCGCGGCAGGGCUGCAGAAACCCGGACCCGGGCGCAUGUUUGCCGACGACGCAGCCAAGCACGCGGGAUACGCGAGUUUGCAGUCCGCAAAGGCUCUGGAAAAAUUCCGGGAGAACAGGAAACGAGGGGUUUCUCUGUACGCACCGCCGGUGAUCGUAGACGAGCAAUCUUCUACGCGGAGAACUGGCGCUGGUCGCGGGGUGAUGAAGAGGACAUCAACUACUUGUGCAGCAUCUUCAUCUGUUGAUCGUCCCGCCAAGAAAGGCAACAAAAGCACCUCAUUCGCCGAUAGUGAAAAAGGAGAUGCAGCAGGCUCUGCAACGGCCGCGGGCGGCGGUGCUAGCCCGCCACCGACCGCGGAGGAGAAGCAGGAUGUCUAUCCUGUGCAAAAGUAUCGCACUCGUAUUGCAAUCAUGCAUUGCAAAUCUUUUCUUUAAGGUAAAUUCGCAUAUACAAAUUUUACUUCUCAUGCUGAGGAAAUUUGUAAUGCAGUUAUACGAGUACGAGACUUUUCCUUUUGCAGUUCAUAACGUCGCAGGGGAGGCGAUUCUUGAUGAAAUGCGAAGUAUGCGCAAUCAGGCGCAGGAGCUAACUGCUACCGUGACCGGGAUGCGGGAAGCGUUUGAAGCGGAAGUGAGCAAUCUUGAGAAAGCGGGACGGUGACUGACGCAAACCACGAAUGGUGGAAGCAGUUGUGGACAUAAGGAGGUAGAAGCUGAUGAUGAUUGCAUCGUGCCAGAGUGAGAGUUGUGACUUUGACUCGAAGGGGGCGCAUUGAUGUGGUUCAGCAUUCGUGUGAAACAAGUACGUACAUUCUGAUCAUGUCCCGUCCUGUGAGUACGACGGCAAAAACGCGUAUUACAGCAAAAUUUAACCGAAGUGCUUUAUUCUUAUCUAUUCGUGGACUCGUACUACGCGGCACAACCACAAGAUCCGAAGGCGAAGGCUCAUUCUCACCAUUGUACUUGGUCGUCAGCAAUCGCAAUGUAGUUAAGAGUUCUCUUCUGAUGUCCUGUAGCCGUCGCAAUU